GCUCGUGUCGGUCUGCAGACAGAGUCCCGGUGCUGCGGAGAGAGAGAGAGCGCGCGCGGAGCUCAGAGAGAGAGUGAGAGAGAGGGCGCGAGCUGUACCGGGAGCCGCUGCGGGAUUAUCUCGUUAUUACCCCCACAUGUGUUUUGUUUACAGCGGGAGGUUCUGAUUGGAUACGGCUGGUCUGGUACUCGUGGAUCUGACCUGAGGCUGUUUACCGAUGAUCUGCGGGCUGAAGCCGUGAUGCCGCCGGUGCUCGCGUGCAACCCCCGGUUUAUACGCUGCUGCUCGCUCGCGCUGCCCGUGCCGGGAGUGAUUUUGGAAUAAAACUUUAACUAGAAGAAGAAGUGCGCGCGCUUGUUAUUCGCCCGAGUAAGUGCGUGCGCGCGUGCGUGAAGGAUACCGCCGCUCGCGCUCCGCGCGGACAGUUGGAUGUGACCGACCGGAGGCUCCCUAAAUGCGCAGCCGCCCGAGGGGUCUCGAGGCCCGGCGGCAAGAUGAGCUCGCGCUCGGUGUGUCUGAGCUCGCGCUGGAGUUUACUGCUGCUGCUCGCGGCGUUUCUGCGGUUCGGGGGCGCGCAGGAUGAGUCUCUUCCUCCGUCUCUGGUUGAUCUGGUGAUGAACAGUCCGAUCUCCUCUAUGCAGGAUCUGCAGAGGCUGCUGGACGUUGAAUCCGUAGAAGAGGAGGAAGAUGAGGUCCAUCCUAACGGCACACACAAGCGCCUUCCCAGAAGCCUCGCUGGGGUGCAGGUGGCGCAGCAGGCGAUGUGUAAGGUGAGGACGGAGGUGAUGGAGGUGACGCGGGCCAUGCUGGACCGACGCAACGCCAACUUCCUGUUGUGGCCGCUGUGUGUGGAGGUGCAGCGCUGCUCCGGCUGCUGCAACACCCGCACCCUGCAGUGUGUUCCGGUUACCACGGAAACACGACACCUACAGAUGACCAAGAUCCAGUUCAUCAACAGACAGCCGGUCUACGAGAAGGUGGUCAUACCUGUGGAGGACCACCUCACCUGCAGCUGUCAGUCACGCGCCGUGGCCCCCGCGCCUCGAGCAAAGGCCACGCCCCCUCCUCCUCCACCCAGACUCCCCCCUAAAGUCACUCCACCCAAGAUCCAGUCGAAGGAGGAGCUGCAUCGCCACGACGACCUCAAGCAGAACCAGAGGUUCCACCUGGAGGACAGAGAGACUCAGGAAGCGCAGUGGCAAUCCAAAUACACAGUCACACACACACAGGGCUCACCCGUACACACACUCACACACACACAGGGCUUACCCGUACACACACUCACACACACACAGGGCUACCGGCCCAGCCCGGUCCAACACACACUCACACACACUCCGGCUGGGCCAUCGUACGUCAGUCUGGAGGACACGUCCACCAGAAGAACCACGCUGGGAGUCCCCCACAUGCAGAGCGACACCACCCAGCACUUUACGCAUCAGGACGGGCUACAGGACCGCCAUGCAAAGACAGAGCAUCACACACACCUGAGCACACACUCGAGCACACACCAGGGCAGUGGUGAUGGCAGCUCCAAAGUUCAACACCAAACACCAAAGGAGCGCCACAGUCAUCAGCACCAUCAGCAUCACAUACACUUACAGCACGACCAGGCGACACCACAGCACAGCACGCCCAUUCACGAUUCCAGCCAAUCGCACGGCUCCAAUCAUCAUCUCAGCAAAUCAGACGUGAACCUUCACCACAGCAGCCAACUGGAGGCCCCCAUUCUCAGCUACAGCCAUGUAGAAGUGAUCGGCCAAUCCAGUGGACAGACAGAGCUGCCUGACCACGUCUCCGGCCAAUCAGAAGCAGCCAAUCACAACCACCACAGCCAAACGGAUCGUGGUGAACACCGUCAAGAGCAAUCCCAACACGGCCAUCAUCACCAUCAUCAUCACCAUCAACCAACACAAGCUAGCAGCACAGCAGGAGCAGUGAUGAACGCCCCCCCGACUGCACCGCCUGCACCUCAGACUCCACCUCCACCCGUCCCUCAGCGGAGACGACGGAGGAAACACCGAAGGAGGAUCAGCAAGUCUGCCAUGAGAGCCAUGAUCAUGGUAAUGUCCUGAACCCACCGGCCCCUUGGACCAGGAGAAGUCCCGUAGAGGCCGGACGCAGGGCGGACACAGGACACGAGACCCCGACGCACUGGAAACAUCUCUCACAAUAACUGGAAACGUCUUUGAUCUUUGCCAAAUAAGCUCCAACUGACUACAUUUCCCAGCAGCCCGUGCGGCUGAUCUGGUUGUGGGUGGGGGGGGUUAUUUGUUUGGCGGCUGGAUUAUCGGGGAAAAUCCUGAGAGCUUAUCGGACUCUGCUGGAACAUCCUGCCACAUAAUGACACUGCAUCUCAAACAAUGUAGCUGCGUCCUGCCAAAUACUGAGACGUAACUGUAAUCCCAAUACAUACUGGAUCUGCCAGAUACUGAUCUGCCAAAUAGUGACUCCAAUUACCAGCUCGUGACCGAGGAGCCGUGCGCUCUUCUCUCCUGGCUGAACAGAGGAAUUAAAAACUGAAACAGAGUCCAAACUGGACUAUAAGCUGCCAAAAACCCAGAUGCAGGAGGAGUAAAUGGACCUUUGCUGAAAAGGAACUUACUGAGCGAAAACAGCAGAAAGCAGGAAGCAGUGUUUUUUACCGGGAGUGAGGAAUAUCACAUACACCCCUCAAACCCAACACAGCACCCUGCCAAGCUCACCAACGCCAAGCACUUCUUCGUGGAAAGUGGCGCCUCGUGGCGUCGGUCGCUUCAGGACCACUUUCUAGGCUGGGCGUUCGAGGAGGAGGAGCACCGAGGACGAAAACACAACUCAAACAUCUCAAACAUACUGUAUAACCUGGAGGUUCAAACCCCUCACAGCAUCUCAACUGGAUUCAACACACUGUAAAGUCUCACACUGGAGUUCAGCUUAAGAAAUAAUCCUGUCAGAAAAUAAAAUACAAAAGCGCUAAUGUUGCUAACAGUGAAUGAAAGUGAGUAGCUACCAGCAAAUUAACAAAAAAUAGUUACAAAUAUGUUAAAUCUUUAAUCCAGGCCAGCAAUAGUUUAGGGUGUGUUUGUACUUCCCAGCUUUGGCUCGAUUAAAACAAACAUUUGUACGAGUACUCUUUUAAUGCGUAAAAUGUUUGUUAGAGUAAGUGUGAAAGCUACACGAUUUUUUAGCCAGUUUUUCGUUGAUCGCAGUAAAAAAACAGCUCUGAGUAAAAUCGAGGAUCAUUUGCCACUCGAUUAAUCAUGUGGUGUAAAGUACUGAAAUAUGCGCGCCUUUUUGUCACAGAGUUAUUGAAAAUGAGUCGCAGAGGCCCAACAAAUAUCUAGCAUGUUUAAUAUCUGAUCCAGUCAGCGAAUGCAUCUUCUGCAUUCUGUUAUAUCAGCGAAUUACUGUUAAACUCAAAAGGGUGUUCACGAGUAAGUCCUCUAUGAAUGGGUGUAAUUUGAGCUAAAACUAAAAUUUUAAUUGAAAAUAGUAAUUAACUACUUGUUUUGAGUAUUUAUUUUACUAAAAAAGCAAAGAAAGCCUUUCUGCUGCUGUGAGCUGAUUGGUUGGUGAGCUUUAAACUGAGUGUAAAAGGUUUAUAACUGGAGUUUAAAACCUUAAAACAUUAUGUCUUCAGUGCUGAAACAUUUAUGUAGUUCUGUGUUUUAGUAUUUAGUAUAAAACUGAUCAGAUCUUUAUAAAUUCUGAUUUUACUCAGUUGCUUCAUAUGAACUCAUUCAUGUUGGACUCACUUUAAGUGCGUAUUCUCCUCUAAAGAGUUUCUCUGGCAUGGCAUUACUAGUUCUCGUGUGAGUUUAGUUCUGGUGUGUUCUCGUAAUAAAAACGUGUUUCUAUAGAGCAGCCAGGUGAGUCAGCGAUUUCAAACAGUGAAAAAUUGUGUAAUUCGUGACCCUGUGUUGCUGAUUAGUCCUGUAGUGUGAAAAUCACAACAACUGAGAGACACACUAUUGCAGCACAACCAGUUGUGCAGUGUGUCCUAAGCUUUAGCUUAGCUAGGCUGUGUCCCAAAACACACACUACUGCACUACACAGUGUUUCAACCAUUAGUCACUAUUAGAAGUGAGUUAGUAGUGAGUUGGGACGUCAAGUAUAAACACAACCUUUCUUCUUUAAAGCACUUUAAAUACCAAAACUUUACCUUUAUCUAAAGAGCCAUUUUCCUACUGUCCUAUUGGCAAAGAAGUGCGCUAGUUUUGAAAAACUAUGCUAAAUGCUAACUGGCAAUAAAGCAAAACAUUUUCAGUGUAUAAAACAUUGCAAACAUGUAUGAUAAUUAGUCUGAUAACAUAAAAAAAAAUUAAUUGCAGUCUAUUCUUGGUGGCUACUACCUUCCAUUUGUUGUUAGCCAUGUUAGCAUGUUUCAGUGUGCCAUGUGCUUCCAGUAUACUAUUAGCAAAUCCCACUAACGCCCAACGUAGCAUGACUGGAUUAUACUGCAUGCAGGAAAUGCUGUUUUAUUAGUCUGAACAGAACCAAAACAGAAACUUAUAGGAAUAGAGACGUGAACUGCUGCAAACUGUUCUUCACCUGAAGGGGGCGUUAUGGAGAAUGUAAUAAACUGUAAACUGUGCUUAGUCACGAUAAACGGCUUAAACUACUGAUGCUAUACAGUUGCUAGCAGGAAAUUCUGCAUUUAAACUACUGUCUGAAUUGCUGAAUUGUCUGAAUGCGUAAAGCUUUACAAUGUAAAUGUUACAAAUUUUUAUUUUUAUCUGCUGUUUGUUUUUCUUAACUUAUUUAUAAAAAAAGAGGUAGAUGUGCUUCAAUCUGCUUCUGAGAGAAAUUAAAUGUUAUUUGUUUUGAUGAUAAUUAUUGUAAUAAUGUAAUAAUGCUAUUUUAAUAUAAAUAUAAGAAGUAAGAAACAUG